AUGCCUAUUUAUACCUUAUCUAUCCCUACCAAAAACAGGUACUUGUUGAUCUACAAUGGGUAUGCACGUUCUCGUCAAAUUUGCAACCCAUCUUCCAGAAAUUAGGAUAUUGGGAUCAGCUAUCUGAGUACCGCUUCUUCGUCCAUAUGUGGUCACUCGCAGUGGAACUGCAGUACUAUUUGAUAGUUCCACUAAUCAUCGGAUCGACCGAAAAGUGCUCGAAAGGUUCUCGACUCUUGGUAUUCGCUCUGCUUAUGACGGCCUCCAUGUCUUUUCAGCUCCUGGCUACCCCAAAC